CUACUGAUUACUCUGUGGAAAGGAAAGUUUAUCUUUUUAUUGAUAUAUAAAUUCUGCAGACCUCUAAACAAAUACAAUACCACUGCUAGCCGUUUUUUGUUUACAUUGUUUAUUAUAAUCAAAAUGAUGAUGAUGGAAGGCAGAGACUGUUGAGGGCACAGCGCCUGCGAAACCAGCUGGCUGAUUACUCCUUAGCACCAGCAGGUACAAGUCCGUCUCAGUGGAGUUAUAUUAACUGAAUUCUGCUGAUGAUUGUAAAGGAUGAGGACUAACCAAACUGCCGACUUUUAUCACAAAGCACAGGUCAUACUGUAGUAGUUCUUUGCAUUGUUUUAGCAUACAUGUUCUGUAUUUUAAGCCUAUUAUUAGUUCUGGUUACAGUAUAUAUGUAAUAUACAAAUAUGUAUAUUACAUAUAUACACAUACCAGAUUCCUUCAUCUCUUGGAAAAAUUUUUUCCCCAGGCCAAAUCUACUUUUACCUGCCUGGCAUUUAUCUUAUAUGCCAGGCUCUUGCUCAAUUAACUGCACAAUAACAAAUUAACUUCUUCCACUUUUCCUGCCAUCACAACAAACAAUUGUAACACUGCAGCGCGUUACAGUACAGUUGAUUUCUAGGAAUCUAUGCGGUAACUCAAUCGUGUGAAGACUGGCAUGCUCCGUUGCCUGGAAAUUGAGUUUCUCAGUCUUUCCGCCAGUUGCGUUGCCGUUUCCUCAAUUUGCGCUGUUCCAUACACUUACAUGUGUUCAACGCUGGCUGAUGGCAUUUCUCGGAAAUAGCGGUUGUGUUGCGGUUGCCAUUUUCCUUGUUGUCCGUCCAGCCGGUCCAGCCUAACACAUUGGAAGGUUACGUAAGAAAAAAUCGCCACAACUUUAUCAAAAUAACAACGCUCUGGAACAAUUGCUGUUGCUAGUCAUAUCUCAUUCAUUGCAUAUUUUUGCUAUAAUAUAAAUUUGCUGGGGGAGGAACACAUCGAAUCCCCUGAAUUUUCUUACAAAAUCUUGUCCUUUCGUCUCAUUUUUGAGCUGAUUUUAGUUGCCUUGGGAGAAUCUGUGAUCAGAGGUCUUGGAGUGAGAAGAAAGUGUCUUGGGUAAAUUCUUUGGCGUUAUUGUGGUCAACACGGUCAGCACCGUCAGCACGUCAGCACUGCGCAUGAACCGGACAGAUGAGAGUCGUGUAAUGGAGUUGGAAGAGAUCCACACUUUGGCACUAUCGCCUGCUGUAGCUGCGUCAUUUGCAGCUUUGUGGUCUGAUGAUGAUAAAAUAUCAGUUAUCACUGAGAAGGGGUUACAUGUUAUGGCUGGUGCUGAUAAGAGAUGGAAAGGAAUGCAAGAGUAUUGUAAGACUAGGUUGACUUUCUUCAAAGGAACAUUUGAGAAAGCAGUUUGUUGCAUGUGGCUUAUUUUUCUGCUGCAAACUGUUCCUCUGGUGGCUGGAGGCAACAUUACAAGCAGUGUGUUUGGCUUGGUCACAGGUGUGAGGCCAGCUGCCUUUGGAGACUUCAAUUCUGAUGAACUGACAGAUUUGUUUGUUAUUCGUGGAAAAAAGAAAAAUACCAUGGAAAUUAUGUUGGCAAGAGAGCAGGAACCAUUGUUUCAGGCUGGUCAUGGCCUAAGUUGCAUGUAUUCUGACAUGCACAUAACGAGUGUUGUUCCUGGGAACUUUGAUGGUGAUGCACAUCUGGAUCUUCUGGUGACAGCCUUGAACAAAACAGACCCACACAGCCCCACACACAUUUUCAUCUCGUGGGGAGGGGUGAACCACAUCAACUGCAGUAAUGUGACAGCCAUGUAUAAAAUGAAAAAUCAACCAUUAGUACUUGAUUACAAUCAUGACAUGGUAGUGGACUUAUUUGGUGAAAAUGUUGAAGGAAACAGAACAUUUGUGGUGUUCAAUGCAAAUAGAAGCAUACCACCCCAGCUAGUCCCCAUGAUGCCGGCUGAGCGUUCAAAGGAUCCCCUGAGAGUACCACAUUCACAUGCAUUUUUGGACCUGAACAGAGAUUUUACUUCAGAUCUCUUGCUGUCAACAAAAGUUGGUUUUGAACUGUGGUUAGCUAACAAGAAUGGGGAAUUGGCUCUUAACGGAACCAUAGAACUGCCUGUUGGACUCACCACAGAACAGAUUGGGCAGUCUCUUUUUCUGGACUUAGAGCUGACUGGAGAGAUGUACCAUCUUCUUCCAGUCUGUUUUGAUGGCUUCAAGGACUGUCUCCCAUGCCGAAACAGCACAUUGUUCGCUUAUGUGAAUGGGAAGUGGCACAAUCUUAACCCAGACUUGAGGGAUGGCACAGGUCAGGUGUGGGGUUUCUACAGGUGCAGUGGCCAUCCCUACACAGACACAGUUACUCUCCGAGGGGGAGAUUUCAACAUGGAUGGCUAUCCUGACAUUCUGGCUACAUUGAUGAAGAAUUCACAUUCCAAAGUGUUCCUGUUGGAGAAUGUUGAGAGUUUGUCUGGAAGUUUGAGUAGAACAUACACCAUUCAUGGGGAUUCUCUUGCAUCGAUGAAUAAUGACACAACAAUGGCUGCAUUUUACGACUUAUAUCAGGAUGGGGUUUUGGAUGUGAUCUUAUAUGGUCCAGACACAGUUCAGGCAUUCAGAAACACUUUGGAUUAUGAUGCCAAUUUUCUGAAAGUCAUGGUUCUUACAGGUACAGAUCGAGGGGGGAACUUACCGGGUCCAGGUAUUUCUUGCAGGACGACAACACAGGAAGGAUACCCACGCUUGGCACUUACAACUCAAUUACCACAGUCUGCCCACUUCUCUCUUGGCCUGCCCUACACAAUAUUUGGCCUUGGACGUACACCUAAAUUUGUUGAUACACUAACUGUGGGCAUAGCCGGGAGGUCAAAACCAUGGACACAGAUAAUACCAAACUCUCAGAUGGUAGUAAUCCCGUCUCCUCUAGACCAGACAAGCAAGUGGCGUGCUCAGCUGUUUAUCACACCCAGCAAGAUGAUUUUGAUGAGUGCUGUAGCCCUUACUGGAACAUGUGGCCUCAUUAUUGCAAUCAUCGGUGCUCUUUACUGGAAGGAAAAGCGAGAGGAUCGCAUUGAGAAAUUGCAGGAAGCCCACCGGUUCCAUUUUGAUGCUAUGUGAUGUGCAAUUUCUGUGGUUGUGUCCCGUAUGUCCCAUCAGGUAGCUGAUAUGUCAUUUUCUGGGAAAUUUUCUGCAUGGAAAGUCUCAUAUCAUGUGGAUAUUAAUUUUACUAAUUAGGACACAUUUUUAAACCUUGAUUUUGUUCUUAAGUUUUAAGUUUCAUGUGUGAAUCUUACAGCCUGACAUGACACCAUCCGUUUUCUAUACCGUUGAAAUGUCAUUAAUAAUAUGUAGGAUUUCAGGUUCUCACAGAAGUGGUUAUGAAGAAUGAUCUCUUCUGAGAUAUAACGUCUUGUAGUCCAUUGAAAUUCAAGUGACAUUUCAGAGGAAUACAUUCUAAGUCUUCUGUCUCUUCACCAGCUAUUGGCUGGUAAUGGAUCCCAACAGUGUCUUCUUCUGCUCAAGUCAUUGCUGGCUUUCUACCAUCUCGCAACUAACUCUCAACUCAUGGCUGCAAUUCACGGCCUUCUAGCCAUGAGUGUCGACUCAUGGCUAUUCCUUGCUGUCAGCUGCAACUAACUUGCCCCAUUGUAGUCUCAUAAUGAAUGAUCAGAUGCACCACAGCACAUUUCAGCCUCUCACGUUCUGAUUCUUAGAAGUUAUAAUAAAGGAAUAUUACAUAUCGUAAAAACAAAUUAAUCAGUAAAUAAAGAAUUAAAUGAUUAAUUCGAUUAUCUAAUCAUUUUCCAAAACGCCAUAUUUGAGAAAACACCUUAACAUUCCACACUGAAACAGACAAGAGUCCGUCUUCUGGGAUAUAAUGCUAUGUAAUCUGUUGAAAGUCAACUGAAGUUGCAGAGGAGCACAUAGCCUUCAUCCUUGUUGUCAGAGAAUAAGUCAGGAAAGAAACCAGCCUGAAGCAAAGGUCUGCUUGGGACUGCGCCAUAGCGCAAGCGCUUAAUUGCUGGCUUCCCAACGCGACAGCCCGGGUUCAUUCCCGGGUCUGGUCAAGUGGGAUCUGUGGUGGUCAAAGUG